AUGUCUGGCCCCAUGCGAGACGUUAUUUUUACCCCGCUUCAAGAGGGGCGUGCGGUGGCCCGGCGCGAUCGCGAUUUCGUGCCAACGAGCAUUAUUAUUGACAAAAUGUGCCGCGUAUACGUCACUCAGAUCCCGUUAGAGCGCAUUGAGCGAGAUGGUGCCAACGCGUUGCGUGCGGAGUUUGAGGCAUUCGGCCCUGUGGAGUCGUACAAGAUGUUUACCGAGCGGUCAGGACGCUUCAUUGGGAGUGUGUUGUGCACCUAUCGCAACCCCGCAGACGCCAGUGCGGCGGUGCAGAACAUGAACGGGCAACAAAUUGAAAGUAGUGUUCUGCAGGUUUCUCUCUCCCGUGAUCACAGCGUUGUGACGCUGCGCCAGGCCGGACCUAAAGGCCGUUACGGCGGCGGCUCUGAAGAGGUUGAUGGGGGUGGCAAGUGGCAGCAUGAUCAGUACCAGGCCCUUCUGGAGGGAGGCAGCGUCGGCGGCGAGAUGGUGGGCCGGUAUGCAUCCCACCACGGUGGUCGCGGCGGCGGGCGUGGGAGGCGUGGUGGCCGCAGCGGUCUUUACGGCAUAGAUGAGGCCUUUGAGCGCUACAUUGCGUCCCGCGACAAGGAGGCCGUGGAGCACCGUCACAAAGUGAGCCUCAGCGGUGGUGAGGAUGCCUCCAAACACAAAGAAACGGGCACUAGUGAGGGGAGUGGUGUCACCGGCGACGACAACGUUGAUAACGGCGGGGCGGCACCGUCCUCAGUUGGCGGAAGUCAUGAGGAUGAGCAGGCGGAGCAGUAG